CACUAUACGGAUCUUACCCUAAUCUCCUAAACACACAGCCGCCAUCAAACCAAUUCUCAUCGUCUCCACCAAAGAUGCAGUGAUCUCCACCAAUGUCUCCCACCGAAGGUCCACGGCUGCCGACUUCCCCCACCAAAGAUGCAGUGAUCUCUCUCGCCUCUCUUUCUCUCUCUCGCGAUCGCCAUCAGAAUGAAAUGGAAACCCUAAUUUCAAAUUACCGUGUAUUCGAGAUGCCUACAACGAGGAUCCGCUUAGGCCAGGGAAUUCAGGUAGUGGCUAGAUCAUCACCAACAGACAAGUUAAAGAUUGUAGAGCAUUUGAGGGGUCUGUCUGAAGUUGUUGCAGUCACAGAUGAUGGGACAAAUGAUGCUCCAGCUUUACAUGAAUCAGAUAUCGGAUUCGCCAUGGGUAUAGCAGGAACAGAGGGUACAUCAAGAAUUACAGCAUUCAUUGAUCAUAGAGGUACACCUGAGGACCCUGCAAGAACGUGCACACUUGAAUAUAAGGAAGGAGCUGUAUGUUGGGGCGCUUUGUAUUGUGUAAAAGGAGGUGAGGAGAAAUAA